AUGUCAGUCAAGCGAUCUUCACCAGUCUCAAUCGUCAAGCCACCUGCCGACAAACGUAUCGCGCCGAUCGUACUGCCUCCGUCUCAUUUCCAACGGUCUGGACUCUCGUCGGCUUUCUUCUUCUUCGCCUCUUUGCAUCUCAUUGCCUCUUCAGGCUACCAUCGAGAUCAUCCUUCGCCAGCCUGUGUCGGUUGUGGCGUUGAUGGCACGCGGCCUUCGUCCAUUGACAAACUCGAGACGUCUCUGAAGCUGAUUCCUCCCAUCAAGUGCCCUUUGAACAAUCAUGAGCCACAUCUGAACUCUGAGUGUUUCGGCUGGGUCAAUGUCAAGAGCCUUUUCCAGAGUCUGUGGUCGGUGUGUGGUCGGCUCAUGCUCACUCACCGUGCUCUCCAGCAACAGUUGACGGCUAGCCGUGCGUUCCGUCCGUACAGUAGCUCAGGCGCCAGCCUAACCAUUCAGCACCACGGCCGUUCGCACAGUCGUUCGUGUUUCGAAGGAAAACAGGCUUUUCCAGACCUUGUUGGACCUUUUGCUUCCAAUCUCAGUGCUCUUCCGGCGCCAUCUUCGGAGUCUUGCCUCGUUCCCAAUCUGCCAUCUUCACCACCCGCCAACGAUCCCUUCCUCUCAUCUCGGUUCGACAAGUCCUUGAACAGUCCCAUCCUUGCACAGCAAGCCUGGCAAGGAGUCAACGUGAACCGUCGCCCCGUUCGCCAGUUCUGGAACCCCAAGGUUGCCCCAGUUGCCAGUCUCGGCAGACACAAGACAGAAUCCACUCUCGAUCUCAUCGUCGACCUGACGUCACAACGACUCAGCCAACCCCCUUCUGCCUUGCAGGCCUUGCAGAACCGCUGCCCGCGCCCCGCGAGCAAUCAGAAAACCUCUGCCCGCGUGUAUCGACCAAGGGGUGCACCGAGAGAAACGCACUCACGCGCACUCGACAGCAACACCGAACACCGUCCCUCCUCACACCUCACUUUCUCUCUCAACCGCCGCCCAGACUCUCUGAAGCAAGCAAGCAAGCAAGCAGGUCGGUCGAUCGAUCCUCAGGUGGGUUGCCGGCUCUCCAUUCCUUUACAGCUGGCGGUCCUGGCCUCGCUUCCCUUCCCUCCCCUUUCCCCUCUCUUUGAAAGCAAGGCCUAG